GACGAGGACGCGGUGGAGGAAGAACGACUGCGGUGGUGGCGUUUGAUGAAUAGCAUGUGGCGGGCGUUUUUAGUGCUCUUCGUCACGCCGUUCGUGUGCGCGCAGAGCGUGAAGAGCGCGAUCGUCACCCCUUGGUUGGGGGCGCAUUGGGGAGCGUUUAAUGCGUCGUUGAAUUUGCAGCAGAGGCAAAACGUGGCGCAAGGGAUACAAAAGUUUGAGGAACGUUUGUACUACGACAGAAUCAUCAGCGGGGCGCCGCGUUUGCACGCCGACGUCGAACGGGGAUUGUUGCUCGAAGAAGCGCGACGAUUGGAAGACAUCGAAAAGAAAAAGUCUUUCUUAGCCACCGGAAACGUCAUAGGAUCACUCAUCUUCAUCACCAUGACGGUUACCAUCGUCACGCUUCAAAAGUCCAACAUUUCUCGCCUACUCGGGGACAUCAGCGACGAAUUCAUCGGCCUCGACGCCGCCACUCAAGCCUUCAUUCUCAUGCUCGGCGCCGACAUGGUCGUCGGCUACCAUUCCUCCGACGGCUGGCAAGCCUUCUUAGCGUGCAUCAUCACCCACUACGGUCUCGAUUUCCACAAGUUUGAGAUGGCGGUUCGCAUCUUUGUCGCCGUCGUCCCCGUGACGCUCGACAUCGGUUUCAAGUACUGGGUCUUCAACAAGCUUCGGAAGAUCUCCCCGUCC